CAGAGUAAUCGACUCUAUGUUCGUACAAGUCGCCAAUUUUUUCGCAUCCAACUGGCCCGCUGCUCGCGCUUCCAAUCCGCCCUCAGCUGCCUCGCCGCAGCCGAUCCUCUCUGCGGUUGGAGUAGCAAGUUGCAGCGUUGUCUUGCGUCGACGGCUGCAAGCGUAGCUGCUGCUGGUACAUUGAUAAGGGGCCAUCUGGCCAGUGGUGCCUACGCCGAGGCUUCUGCCUCCAUCAACGCCAACCUGUCGUCUGGUGCCCAAUUCUCCCCCAUUAUGGCCACAGAGUCCGAGACAGUCCUAGACGCCAAAGGGUCUAGUGUAGCCUCCAGAUUUCGAGGUUGCCCAGCGAAUCGACAUCCGUUGAAUUUGGCCGUUUCGGGAUGGACUCCUUGGCGUACGUGUUUGCUGGCGGAUACAAGGCUUAGCGAUUCCCUGCCAAUGGCCAGACGUCGAAGGAGCCUGCAGAAAAAGGAUAAUUCGGGUUACACACUGUCAUCACCUGGACUCAUGGUGGAAACAAUGGGGAGUACGAGGAGUACGAGGAGGGGCAGGGGCUCGGUUACAAGAAGUAGAAAAUACGCCGGAAUCCGGCCAGUCUGGACGGCGGACUUGGGCUGGAGCCCCAAAGCGGUGGUACCAGUAGUUUCCGGUUCGUCUCGAGUAACUCCAGGACCCUGUCUUUGUCGCAUCUGUGUGGACCAGGGAAAAUGCAGCCUUGGAGCCCAGGAGGUGACCAACUGUACAAGUGAGCAAGUUCCUGUAGAGGAAAUCGACUAA